AUGACCACACCAUCGAAUGUCGAUGGAUCACAAUCUGCUGGCGUUGAGAAAUCAGUUACAAAAAAACCGUUUUAUAUUUUUUUGGGAUUACUUGUUUUAUUUUCAAUUACAACUAUUGUUCUUGGUGCAGUCGCAUUGGGCAUAUUGAUCAAUCGUAUAAAUUCGAUGAAUACAGAAAAUUCCCCUGAUGAUAAUAAUAAAUCACCCUUAUUUGCUGAUCAAAUAAAAAUGAAUGAUCUAAUGCAUCAUUUAGAACAACUUCAAAUGAUUGCCGAUCAAAGUAAUGGAACACGAGCAAUAGGAACUCGAGGAUUUAAUGAUACACUCGAUUAUAUUACUAAGCAACUAGAACAAAAUACAAAUUUAAUUGUUCGACAUGAAUAUUUUACAGUUAAGAAUUGUGUUGUUCAAGGUACACCGCAAUUAAAAUCUCAAAUCAAUGGUCUUGUCGAGGAUUAUGCUUACUUAACAGAUUUCGCUCACAUGCUAUUUUCAUCUGGAGCUAAUUUUGAUUCCUUUGUUCGAUUGGUCUCGAUUCCAAAUCUUGGCUGUCAAGAUUCCGAUUGGAUGAGUGUCUCAGUGACAGACUCUAUUGCUUUGGUCAAACGUGGAGUUUGUGCAUUUCCCGAUAAGACUCAACUAGCAGAAAAGUAUCGUGCAAAAGGAUUACUCAUGUACAAUGAUGGAACUGCGUCAGAUCGUUUUCAAGUUGUUCAAUAUGUGAGAGGUCAUUUGAAUAUGACAAUUCCAGCCUAUUUUCUCUCGUAUAAUUUGGGAAUGAAAUUUGUUAAUGCAAGUACAAAUGUCAAUAUAAAAAUGAAAAUUGAUGUAAGAGAUGCAGAAGGAAUUGGAAAUAUUUGUGCUGAUACAUCAACAGGAAGUAAAACAAAAACAAUUGUUGUCGGAUCUCAUAGUGAUGGAGUGUUAGAUGGAAGUGGAAUCAAUGACAACGGUAGUGGCACAGUUGGCAACUUAGUUUUGGCUCUUAAUUUAGCUCGUCUACUUGAGACAACUUCAUUAAACUAUGCUCAAUUCUCAUAUCGUGUUCGAUUCUGUUGGUGGGGUGCAGAAGAAGUCGGCCUUAUCGGUUCUAUCUAUCAUGUUGAACAAGCAUUGUUACCUAGUGCUACCAUCGAAAGCGGACGUUUGCAAGAUUAUUUAUUAUAUUUAAAUUAUGAUAUGUUAGCUUCUUCCAAUAGUAAUUUUGGUAUUCUUGACAGUUUAUCAGUUCCACCAGAAACACCCGAGAAGGCUCUACCGGGUAGUGAUCGAAUUAGGAAUCUAUUUCAGCAAUGGUUUAAUGAUCAGAAACUUCCAUGGAGCCAAUCGGGAAUGAGCGGUGGCAGCGAUUUUGUACCAUUUUUGACCGGAGGCAUAGCUUCUGGAGGAGUAAAUACAGGUGCUGGUGGGAUUAAAUCAGCAAAUGAACGAGAUCAAUAUGCAGCAAUAUUAGGAAUAGGAAACGGCGGAUUAGCUAAUGCUGCCUAUGAUUCAUGUUAUCAUCAACAAUGUGAUCGGAUAAAUAAUGUAAAUCCAUUUGCAUAUGAAAAAGUUGUUAAAGCAGCUGCUUAUGCUAUUGAAUAUAUGGGAAGAUUAAAUGAUUUGGAAAAGUGGCUUUAUCCACAAGGUCGAACGAUGAAUGUAAAAUUAUUCAACAAAAAUCAGUUCUAUGAUAUUCAUCAUGAUCCUGAUCUUUUUUGA